AUGGCAAAAUCCCCAGCGGGACGGGUAAUCCCCGCCGGGGCAGCCCCUCCUGUCUCCUUCUUGAACACCGCCGACCGCUGCCUUCCACCCUCUGGGUCCCUCAGCGCUGCUUCCCAACCCCUUAGUGGCUCGGUUGCUCACUGCAGGACUCGAUCUCACUGUCGCGGCCACGUUGUCUUCUCUUCGUCGCGGCAGACUCAUCACCGGUCGUCGUCUUUUCCUCUUCGCCAUUCGUUCGCCAAAUUGCUGGUCUUUGGCUCUUUGCUGCCGGAUCCUCCGCGUCGCGUGCUCGCGUUUGGUCUCUCUCCUCCAUCAGUCUCUUGCUUGGUGUCGAGUUCGCCGUCGACGAGGAAGCUUUGCCACCGUUUCUCCAGUGCUUCGCAUACGGGGAUACUAACUAAGAGCAAAUUAGUUGCUAUUGAUGCUGGAAACAGGGGCUACCCUCUGAAUAAGAUCUGCUACAUAUACUAUCAUCUACUCCUAGACAUCCAAACCUCAUUGAGCACACCAGUGAGAAAGCCAAGGAAGCUAAAGAUAUACAAAAUGGAUCCUAAACAGAAGAUGAAAGUUAUUGCCUGCUUGAUUUUACAUUUCGAAUUAAUGAAUGACCUUAUGGUUAAGUUGUUGAUAAUUUGCUAUGUUUUGAUUAUAUUGCAAUUGAAGAAAAAGAAAAGAAAAUGGAAUGAUAGUUAUAGUAGGCAACAUGUAUAG